CUUUUUCUGUUGCCGGAUAAUCUGAUCAUAUUCUGAUAUGAUUGUAAUUAAAUUAACAUUAAAGCGGAGUUGCUGACAAGAAAGCUCAAGAUUGAGUUCUAAAUCUUGACUCUCCAUUCCCCUUAAUAGUAAUUACCUCAAAGCUUGUUUUUUUUUUUUGCUUCUGUUUUUGUUCUCUCUUUUCUUGGAAUGUGGGGAUAUAGAGAUGGAAUUGGAAUGAGGAGAGAAGCAAAAGCUGCUGGAUAUUGGUGGAUGACAUUUCUUUGUUUUCUGGGCUGUUCAACAAGCAUGCUAGCUCCUAAUGGUAUGAACUAUGAAGUGCAAGCUUUGAUUGGAAUAAAAGCUGCUUUAAAGGAUCCUAAUGGAAUACUUGAUAAGUGGGAUGGUACUGCUGUUGAUCCUUGUAGUUGGAAUAUGGUCACUUGCUCAGAUGAAGGUUUGGUUAUUGGCCUGGGAAUUCCCAGCCUGGACUUGUCUGGUAAUCUUUCUCCAACCAUUGGAAAUUUGACAAACAUUAAAUUCCUAGAGUUGAGAAACAACAACAUAACAGGAGCAAUACCAGUGGAGAUUGGCCAACUCUCAAAUCUUAACACACUUGACCUUUCCAAUAAUACUUUCACAGGUCAAAUCCCUGCUUUGGCACGGUUGACCAACCUGAAUUACUUAAGGCUCAAUAACAACAAUUUAUCAGGAAAAAUUCCAACUUGGUUGACUAACAUGACUCAACUUUCCUUUUUGGAUUUAUCAAACAAUAACUUGAGUGGGCCUGUACCAACAUUCUCUGCCAAGACAUUCAACAUUCUUGGAAAUCCUCUGAUAUGCGUCACGGGGGCUGAAUCAUACUGCCAUCGCACAAGGAACAAUUCUGGAACUGCUCGGCCGUUAAGGAAAAAGAAAAACCACAAACAUGCCAUCGUCAUUUGCUCUAUCAUUGGGUGCAUAUGUUCACUCUUACUAGGAAUUGGGAUGUUCCUCAGGUCAAGGAGACGUAAAGAACAAGAAACGCUUUUUUAUGCAAACGGGGAUGUUGAAGAAAUAAGUUCAUCACUUGAGAACUUAAGAAGAUUCCAAUGGAAGGAGCUUCAGUUUGCAACAAACAACUUCAGCAGCAAAAACAUUUUAGGAAAAGGCGGUUAUGGAAUUGUUUACAAAGGUAAUCUAAGGGACGGGACCGUCGUGGCGGUGAAGAGGCUGAAUGAUGGGAAUGCUUCUGGAGGUGAGAAACAGUUGCAGACAGAGAUAAAGACAAUAAGCUUGGCCGUCCACAGGAAUCUUCUUAGGUUGUUAGGGUUCUGUAUGACCCCAACAGAAAAGCUCUUGGUUUACCCUUAUAUGUCCAAUGGCAGUGUUGCUUCACGUCUCAGAGUGAAGCCAGUGCUGGAGUGGGACAGAAGGAAGCAAAUUGCAAUAGGAGCAGCCAGGGGGCUGUUAUAUCUCCAUGAGCAGUGUGAUCCAAAGAUAAUUCACAGGGAUGUAAAGGCAGCAAAUAUACUACUGGAUGAGUACUAUGAGGCAGUUGUGGGGGAUUUCGGGCUGGCAAAACUGCUGGAUCGUGAGGCAUCACAUGUCACCACCGCCGUACGAGGGACUGUGGGGCAUAUAGCCCCAGAGUAUCUCUCUACCGGGCAAUCCUCUGAGAAGACAGAUGUCUUUGGAUUUGGGAUCCUGCUACUUGAACUCAUCACUGGCCUUAAAGCUUUCGAGUUCGGCAAAGUCACUAAUAACAAUGAUGUCAUGCUUGACUGGGUGAAGACAGUUUACCAAGAGAAGAGACUGAACGAACUCGUUGAUAAAGAGUUGGAAAACAAAUACGAUGAGAUGGAGGUAGGCGAGAUGGUUCAAGUUGCUUUGCUAUGCACCCAAUACGCUGCCGGACGAAGGCCAAAGAUGUGUGAGGUGGUUCGAAUGCUGGAAGGUGAUGGGCAUUCAGAGUGGUCUGAAGCAUCCCAUAAAAUAGAACCAAUCACUAGCAACAGUAACAGCAGUAGAUCUAGAGCACAAACAAUGUCUUCAUCAGAACGAUUUUCGGGUCAAGUUGUUGACUCACACUCACUUGCACUACCCAUGGAGCUCUCUGGUCCCAGGUAGUACAUAGAGUUCAAUGGUAAUGGUUAUAACAUACAAGUACAUAACACAAAAUUGAGAAUUAUACAAUUAGGGCCUUAUGUUGGUCUAUCACGAUAUUCAACUUCAUACUAUAAUAUACAACCGAUUGUACCAUGGGCAUGGUGCAUCAGGUGCCAGUUUUGAAAAUAUAUACUUACAUCCUUAGAGGUAAUGUUUGUCUUUCAGGUUUAGAUUUUUUGUUUCAUUUUCAAUCCUCCUCCCGUCCUAUUUCUCAUGCAAGCCUCCAACUAGAGAAUCCAUUAAAUUAAGAGCCCCCCUAAAUAUAAAAACCCUAAAGUAGAGAUGAUGCCGCUCCGCGGAUCAUUGAAAAUCAAUCUCGAUCAAUUGGUGACUACACAGAGAAGUUCUUCCUCUAUUGAGUUUGUAAGUAAAAGUUCAGUGAAACUUUGUUGAAUAAUUUUCAAUUUUUACAUUAAUUAAAGUGGCAGAACUCUUCAAAAGUGACACUUUUGAAGCUAUACAACGUCUUGUUUGUGGUUCUUUUGAUGUAUAGACAUUGCACCAGUAUUAUUUUGAUAUGGUUACUUUUAUUGGAUAUACAGUGAACCUAUUCAUAACA